AUGGCGAGCACGUCGGCGGAGAUCAUCGCCUUCGUGCUGAGCCUCUCGGGCUGGGUGCUGGUCUCCUCCACGCUGCCCACCGACUACUGGAAGGUCUCGUCCAUCGACGGCACCGUCAUCACCACGGCCACCUUCUGGGCCAACCUCUGGAAGACCUGCGUGACCGACUCCACCGGCGUCUCCAACUGCAAGGACUUCCCCUCCAUGCUGGCGCUGGACGGUUACAUCCAAGCCUGCAGAGGACUGAUGAUCUCUGCCGUCUGCCUCGGAUUCUUUGGUGCUGUGUUUGGACUGGUUGGGAUGAAGUGCACCAAAGUUGGAGGCUCCGAUCACACUAAAGCUAAAAUAGCUUGUUUAGCUGGAUUGAUUUUCAUACUUUCCGGGUUGUGCUCAAUGACCAGUUGUUCCCUGUACGCGAACAAGAUUACGUCCGAGUUCUUUGAUCCCACUUUUGUUGCACAGAAGUAUGAACUAGGAGCAGCCUUGUUCAUAGGCUGGGCCGGAGCGUCGCUCUGCAUCAUCGGCGGCAGCAUAUUCUGCUUCUCCAUAGCAGAAAGCAGCAGCACCCCAAGGAUGGGGUACGCAUAUAACGGAGCCGCGUCCGUGAUGUCUUCCCGCACAAAGGUCCACACCACCGUCCCAGACAAGUCCCCGCCAAAGCACUUUGACAAGAACGCCUAUGUUUAA